UGCAACCCUUGAUGGCCCCCGGCCGUUCUGGCAGCGGUGAACAUGGCCGCCGACGCCUCGCCCUCGUGUAACUAACACGCCGCCGUCUGAUGCCCGCCAAGUGCGCCGCUGUGCUCUCCGCCAGCUCCUCGUCCAAAAGCAAACGUUGGCGUGCCGCAUGACAUGGGUGCGGCCAGUUUCGCAGGAGGGACGGCCGCACCAACCCCGGUCAUGAGCAAGGACUGGAUGAAAGCUGGGCUGGACGGCACGCUUGGAAACCGAGGCCAGUGGCGUUGUGUCCCGGACCUCCCAAGAUGCAGCCACCUGCGUGAUUCCCUCGUCUUGAUCCCGGCAUUAUUUAAGCCAUGCCCGUCCUUGUUGCCAUCGAGGGGAUCCUCCUCGUAUGCUCCCAUCCCGCUCUGCAUUCUGCUUGUUGAGCCUGCGCAGCUGUGCGAUCUCUCAGCAACUUUCCAGUGAUUCGCUGGCGCCAUGUCUGACCACGAGCGCAAGGUGGCGGAGGAGAGAGACGAGGCCGUUGUCUCCAAGGAACUCGCCAUUGACCACGAGGGUCAACGUCGCAAGGUGAGCCUCGCUGAGAACGUUGAGGGCGAGAUUCAGAACCCCCUCAAUGGCGUUCCGCGAGCGGCUCUUCUCGAGAGAGUCGAAAAGUUCCACCGCGACAAGGGCCUGCCGGCCGACAUGUUGCCCCUGCUGCGCAAGGGUGCCCUCGUCGCCCAGAACCCCUCCGGCUUCGAGACCUUGGAUGACCUCGACGAUGACGACAAGCUUGUCCUGAGGGAAGAGGUCACUCACCGCUGGAAACAUCCGUGGGCGCUUUACUAUACCAUCUUCCUCAACUCCAUUGCUGCGGCUAUCCAGGGUUGGGAUCAGACCGGCUCCAAUGGCGCCAACUUGUCUUUCCCCGUAGCCCUGGGAAUUCCGGACUCGGUUCCCGACUGCGGCCCCGUGGCCAGCGAGGGGGAGUGCGCCAAGAACAGCUGGAUCAUUGGCCUCGUCAACGCCAUGCCUUACAUUACCAUCUGCCUGUUCGCCGGCUGGAUCUCUGACCCUCUCAACGACCUGUUGGGCCGCCGUGGCGUCAUCUUUGUGGCCGCCAUCUUCUCCCUACUUGCUCCCUUUGGCAUGGCGGUUUCUCAGACCUGGCAGCAGCUGCUCGUGUGCCGUAUGCUUCUUGGAAUUGGCAUGGGUCUAAAGGAGGUGACUGUCCCGGUCUUCUCGGCCGAGAACUCACCCGCCUCCAUCCGCGGUGGUCUUGUCAUGUCUUGGCAGGUCUGGACGGCUUUUGGCAUUUUCCUGGGCACAUGUGCCAACCUGGCCGUCGGCAAGACUGGCGAUAUUGCCUGGCGCCUCCAGCUUGGCUCUGCUUUCAUUCCCGCCGUCCCGCUUGUCAUCGGCACAUACUUCUGCCCUGAGAGCCCUCGAUGGCUGAUCAAGAAGAACAAGUUCGAGAAGGCUUGGCGCUCACUCCUGAGGCUCCGCAACACCCCUCUCCAGGCUGCCCGAGACCUGUUCUACAUCAACGUGCUCCUCGAGCAGGAGGAUGUGCUCGUGGAAGAGGCUGGACUCAAGGUCACAAGCAACUUGUUCACUCGCUUUGUCGAGCUCUUCACCAUCCCACGCAUUCGCCGCGCCACGUGGGCCGCCGGUAUCGUCAUGAUUGCGCAGCAGAUGUGCGGAAUCAAUAUUGUCGCAUUCUACAGCAGCACCAUCUUCAAGCAGAGUGGCAUCGACGACUAUACCGCGCUGUGGGCCAGCUUCGGCUUUGGCCUGAUCAACUUCAUCUUUGCCUGGCCUGCCGUCUGGACCAUUGACACCUUUGGUCGCCGCACUCUUCUCCUGUUCACGUUCCCCAACAUGUUCUGGACCUUGCUGGCUGCCGGCCUUUGCUACCUCAUCGAACCCGAUGUCGAGCACAGCACGGCUCGCAUUGCUGCCGUGGCCACUUUUGUCUACCUCUUUGCUGCCUUCUACUCACCCGGCGAGGGACCCGUUCCCUUCAUGUACUCGGCCGAGGUCUUCCCCCUGUCGCACCGUGAGGUUGGCAUGUCGUGGGCUGUGGCGACCAACAACUUUUGGGCGUCGGUCCUGUCGCUUACCUUCCCGCGUAUGCUGACAGCCAUGACGUCCACCGGCGCCUUUUGCUUCUACGCUGGACUGAACUUGGUUGCGCUCGUGCUAAUCUUCCUGUUCGUGCCUGAGACGAAGCAGAAGACGCUUGAGGAACUUGACUAUGUUUUUGCGGUACCGGAUCGCACGCACGCCAAGUACCAGCUCUUCACCGUGCUGCCCUGGUGGAUCAAGCGCUGGACCUGUGUCGACAGAACCGCCGUCUGCCCCGAUCUUUACAAGGACGAGACCCAAGGCCCCAAGGCGUGAUUGCACCGCGUACUAUGAAGGAUACUGAGGGUGGUAGUUGGCGAUUGAUACCAGAGUGAUUCCUGACUCAUACCUCUCGAGAUACCUUCCCCCGGGCACUGUCACUUCGUGUAGCUAUACCCUUUCUCAAAGUUGAUACCUGACGUAAUGUCUUGUGUAUAAAUGACUUUUGCAAUAUUCGAAGCC